UUUCCGUUUAAUAUUUCAUGAACAAUCCUUUUUCUCUUUAAUUUCUCUUCUACUUUUGCUUUGGGGUUUGUUUUCUCCGUGCAAAUGAACGGUAGAGGCAAAGCAAAAAGAACCAAAGAUGGGAAAGUCUUCUUCUUUGAAGAAAAAACGUUCCAAAGAUUCAUCUCUGUCACCAACGAUGAAGCGAAGGUUAAGCAAGGAAAGCAAGUCCAAGAAGCUCGGUCGUCCACAAGAUGAUUCUGUUUCUUAUUCAAGUGAUAAUGAGCCUGUUUCAUCCUAUAGUUCCGAGGAUGAUUGUAGAAGUCAAAGGUCCCGGUCCUGUUACAGGAAGAGCAGAAAGAAGAGGUCCAGUAGGGAAACUUGUGAGGAUUCUCCUUAUGUGAAGAAACGUAGGGGAUCGGGGAGAGGUGGUAGGAAGAGAACCAGAAAGAGGAAGAAGUCUACGCGAGGUGGGAGUGUGAAUUCUUCGAGUAGUCAGGUUGACAGUGACAAGAUUGAAUAUGAGAAGAGAAGGGGCAGAUCAGAAAAGAAGGAGAAAUAUGGAAGAUCGGAGACUGUUAAAAGAGGAAACAAGAGGAGUAAGGGCCAAUCAAGGAGUUCUUCUUGCAGUAGAUAUAGUGAAGGAUCUGAUUAUUUGAUCGAGGAGAGAGUAAUGGAGGAUGGCAAUUCGAGAAGGCUGAAAUCAUUUAUUACUGUUGUUGAACAAGUAAACGGAAGCUUCAGAGAACUGUUUGCCAAUGAGCCUAAAGAAGAUGUAUAUGAUCAUGAUGAUUAUCCAUCCUGCAGAAGCAAUGACAGUAACGAUGGCUGUGGUGAGGAGUUAUGGCAACAUACCCAUACUGUGUCCGAGAUGAUAAAGCCCCCAGAUGAUGAGCAAGUAGAAGUCUCUAACGUCAGAACUAGCAAUGCUGAAGAAAUUAAUGUUUGUAGUGCUACUGAUAGACGGUGAUGAUAUUGAAUCGAUUUUUAGACAGCAUGCACUGGAAAACUUAAAAAAGUUUUGUGGUGGGAUCCAGAAAAACAUUAAUCCUCCAACAACUCCAAUUGAUAAGUGUCGAUGUUGUUCAAUCGCUAUCCUAUGUAAAGAUGGACUUGUUUCAGAUUAAAGCCCCUAUAGAAGAUGAUGGCAGAGUGGUGGUAGCAAGCCAAGCGAGCCGACAGAUUAGACAGCCUCAGGUUAGAAGGGACUCAUCCACUCUCCCUGAGGACGAAAGGAACACCACAAAUACGAGUGAUGAUGGAAACUAUUCCAAGACUCUGGAGUGUGAUGUUGCUUCCCUACCUGCUCGGUUGGUUCCCGCUGGAAUUCCUAGAAAAGUGGUUAAUACAGUUAUUGAUUCUGUUUCUAAUAAACCGAAGCUGGUUAUCUCACGAACCGGACUUGAAGCUCCUAAUGCUCGCAAUACUCAGAAACAAGAAGCUGUUACUCAAGAACCUUCUCAGGCCAGGUUGGUAACCAAGACUAGUGCAGACGAGGGUGGUUUAGAAACAGAAUCAACGACUGUAUUGCGAGCAUUAGGUGUUUCAAGUUCGGUUUGUGAUUUAACAACUGCCCAAACUGUGAGUCCCGAUGAGUGUGGUAACCCAGUCGGUAAUAAAGAUAACAAUACCUGCGGUUCUACUUGCAUUAAGACAUCCCCUUCUGGAAACGUUAGCUCGGAUAAACAAGAAGAUGUGACAAAGGAUGGUUCACAGUUUCAGCAAAAGACGAUGUCCGUAAUGAUGGUGGGGAAAUGGUGCAAAAGACGAUGUCCGUAUUUGUGGUGUUCCUUUUGUCUUAUUUUGUGCAGGUGAGUUACCACGUUUAUAUUCCUAAGAGAGCCCCUGCUUUGGCUAGUAGAUAUCUCAAGCGCUGAGCCCUUUUGUUAAUGUGAUGGAUUUUGAUUAAAAGGAUGCAGCUUUUAGCAGCAGCAGCAGUAGAGAACUAAUUGAUCGCAGUGCAUUUUGGUAGCAUUCUUUUAGAUCACUUGCUUAAAUUAUUAGAUCUGCCUUUUAUAUAUUUUUUUUCCUUGGCAUGCACGGAUUUGAUCAUUUUAGAUAUAAUACAAGAAAGCAAAUGUUAUUGGAGUA